AUGUCAUCGUACACAAUUCUAGUAAGCGGCUAUCGACCAACCUACACUAUCCUAUCAUUCGACCCUUCCACAGCAAAGAUCAAAAUCAUCUCUGAUUCACCUGCGCCGGAAAAGGCAUCAUGGAUCGAACCUGCUUCUCAACAACACAACCCUUUAAAGGCCAAUAGGACUUUGUACUCCAUCUCAGAAACGGAGAAGGGUCUGGCAGUCAGUUUGAAUCUGAAAGGUGACAAGAUUGAGAUUACUAGUCAGAAGGAAACGCACGGUGGUCCUGCUCAUGUUCAUGUUCUGAAGGAUGGUUCUGGUCUGGCUGUCGUCAAUUAUAUGGGCGGAUCGAUGAUAUACUUCCCUUUCAAUUCCGACGGGACACUCUCCGACAACCCAUCGGAAUUACUCCAAUUUGAAUACCUAUACAAAGACGGAAAUGCCCCGGAUCCAGAGAGACAAGAUACUCCGCAUGCCCAUCAGGUCAUUGAAGAUGAUCAAGGUCAUUUGUACGUUUGCGAUCUGGGUAACGAUAGGAUCUGGGUGAUAGAGAAAAAGGGAUUGAACACUCUAGAAAUCAAAGGAUGGUUGCAAGCUCCUCCGGGAACUGGACCUAGACAUGCUACAUUUAGUAAAGAUGGAAAACACCUAUACGUCUUAACUGAACUUACAUCCGACGUAUUGGUAUUCUCUCUCGAAAGUCCCACUUACCCUAUAAUUCCUAAACCCGAUUUCAAAGUUAAUAUCAUUCCUCCCUCCGUCCCCAAGGAUGCACAACAGUAUAUGAACGCGGCGGAACUAGUUCUAAACCCUGCAUACCCCAAUAUCCUUUAUGCGUCCAACAGGUUAGAGAUGUCCCUGGAAGAAAAAUCGAAAGGCAAAUUUUCGACCAACGUAAAUUCAAAGGGAGAUUCUAUCGCGAUCAUUGAGUUGAACGAAAGUGGAGAUGAACUGAAGAGCUUGAAGACUUUCCAAACUGAUUUAGAUAAUCUGAGAGGAAUGACGAUUAGUCCGGAUGGAAAGUAUUUGGUUACUGCUGGAAGGAAGAAGGGUGGAUUGGAGGUGUAUAAGGUUGUAGAUGAAGGUAGGGGAUUGAAGUUGGCUGGAAAAAUCGAAGAUGGAGUGGAUAAUAUUACGGAUUUGACCUUCUUGUAA